AUGUUGACCAAAGCUCUUCGUCCUUUGGUAACCAUUAAAGCUUCACCAUUGUCGCUCACAAUUCGACCAUUAUCAAUUUCGAGCAUUUUCUUUCAAGAUGCUUCAUCAAAAUCCAAGAAAAAAGAUGAUAAAUCAUUAGUUGAAAAGAAAAGUGAUGAAAAAGUUUUAAGAGUUGAAGAUUCAUUAAAAGAUUUAUCAUCAGUUAAAUGGCGUACUGAAUAUAAUGGGAAACGUUUAUGGCCUCAUGAUCAAUGGCCAGAACGUGAUUUAGUUAAUUUUCCACCAUAUAAACUUCGUGAAGUACCAAAUUCAGUUCGUUGGUAUUGUGUACCAGAAUCAUGGUUUAAAUUUUUUUAUGAAAAAACUGGUGUUACUGGACCAUAUAUGUUUUUUUAUGGUUUACUUAUUUAUGGAUUUAGUAAAGAAUAUAUCGUUUUAUGGUAUGAUUUUACUGAAUAUCUUAUUUUGGCUGCAGCAGUUAUUACUGUUGUUAAAAAACUUGGUCCAACAGUUGGUGAUGUCUUUCGUGGUUGGCAUCAAGAAGAAGUUGAUCGGUAUAGUUCAGUUGUUAGUAAUUCAAAAGCCAUGGCUGGAAAAGUGUUACAUGCAUAUGAAGAUUCAUUAGAACGUGCUAAAAGUAUUGGACUAUUAGCAGAUGCUCGAAAAGAUAUAAUUAAUAUGGGAUUAGAAGGAGCAUAUCGUGACAGAAUGAAACAAAUGUAUGAAGCUGUUAAAAAACGAUUAGAUUAUCAAGUUGCUCUUCAAAAUGCACGAAAAGAUUUUGAAAGAACAAAUAUGAUUAAUUGGAUUACAGAUCAAGUUAAACAAUCAAUAACAGCUAAACAAGAACAAGAUGCUUUACAAGCAUGUCUUCAACAACUUCGACAAAUCGCUUCAUAA